AUGCAAGCACUGAAGGAACAAGCUGAAAAAGAGUGCACUGCAAUCAAGUUGAAUUGUACCUGGUUAACCUUACUCGGAAGUAAUCGUUACAAUUCCGGUGGCGACUGUGUCGACUUCAAGCACGGUGAGAAAGACUUUUCUGGGCGAGAACUGAUUGAAAAGCACCAAAAAAUCGGGUUGCGGUGCAUUUCUGGCGCUCUCGGCUGGGAUCAAGAAAAUUCGGAAAUUCGCGCGUACUUUCGCGAACAAUUGAAAAAGGACUUGGAGGAAAAGACCAUCAUCGCCUACGUCGACGGUUACGAGCCUCCAGACUUUAACUCGAAACGAGCGAAAAACGACUUCAAAGUAGAAGGCUACUUCAACGUCCGCUACGUUAAAUGUUUGAACAUUUAA